UUGAUUUUCCCUUUACGUUCUCUUCUUCACUGACCGCCUCUUACAACACGUUGAUUCCUUUCGACGGGGACGACUUGCAACACAUCAGCCAUGUGGGGACAAUCACCCGAGGAGGCCAUGCGCCGCCGCGCAGCAGAUGCCUUCCCGGAUUCACUGCACCACCGAGACGACACGCAAUCGCCAGAGAUCAACGCCGGUUCUGGCGAGACGACGCACGUUCCGCCGACCCCGGACGCCGAGGGCGUCUGGGGCGAGCGGGAAGUCGGCGGGCCCGUCAGCCCGCGCCUCGCCAUGCAGGACUUUGAGGAGCUGCAGCACGAGCUCACGACGAGGCUGUCGAGGACGCGGUCGCAGGCGGCGGCCUCGCAGAAGUCGACCAAGAGCAACCGGGGCGGUUUCUUCCAGCGCGUGGUGUCCCGCGCCAGUGGCAGAUCGAAGGCGGCGGCGGGCCAACUGGUCGACGAGGAAGCUGGUGGGCGGCAAGAGGGGAGGAAGCAGGUGGAGGACGAGGGCGAGGACGAGGAUGUCGACGACAACAGCACCGCCGCCGAUGAGUUCCCUCUGGAGCAGUUUAUGCGUGACGGCCACCUGGAGAAGCGGACCGAGUCCGGCGAGUCGGCCAAGAAGAUCGGCGUGGUCUUCAAGAACCUGACCGUCAAGGGUGUCGCGACUGGCGAUACCUUCGUCCGGACUCUGCCCCAGGCCAUCCUCGGCACUUUUGGCCCGGACCUCUACGGCAUCCUCUGCCACUUCUUCCCGGCCCUGCGCAUCGGCCGCCGCGGGGAGCUGCGGACGCUCAUCAACGACUUCACCGGCGUGGUGCGCCACGGCGAGAUGAUGCUGGUGCUCGGCCGGCCCGGCAGCGGGUGCAGCACCUUCCUCAAGGUCAUCGCCAACGACCGGGCCCCGUACGCGGCCGUCGAGGGCGAGGUCUCGUACAGCGGCAUCCCCGCCGACGAGGCCCGCCAGCGCUACCGGGGCGAGGUGGUGUACAACGCCGAGGACGACCAGCACCUGCCGACGUUGACCGUCGGCCAGACGCUCAAGUUCUCGCUGCUCAACAAGACCAGGAAGAACCUGCGGGGCAACGUGAGCGUCAUCAUCGACGCGCUGCUGCGCAUGUUCGCCAUCAAGCACACCGAGAACACGCUCGUGGGCAACGCCUACGUGCGCGGCGUCUCGGGCGGCGAGCGCAAGCGCGUCAGCAUCGCCGAGACGCUGGCCACCAAGAGCACCAUUGUCUGCUGGGACAACUCGACGCGCGGGCUCGACGCGUCGACGGCGCUCGACUUCGCCAAGUCGCUGCGCAUCAUGACCGACGUCUCGGACCGCACCACCAUCACGACGCUGUACCAGGCCGGCGAGGGCAUCUACGAGCUCAUGGACAAGGUCCUUGUCAUCGACGAGGGCCGCAUGCUCUACCAGGGCCCGGCCAAGGAGGCGCGCCAAUACUUCGAGGACCUGGGCUUCUAUGCGCCGCCCCGCCAGACGACCGCCGACUUCCUCACCUCCAUCUGCGACCCGAACUCCCGUCAGUUCCGCGAAGGGUUCGAGGACCGCUGCCCCAAGACGGCCGAGGAGCUCGAGAAGGCUUUCCGGGCCAGCCCGGCAUACCAGCGCCUGCUCGCCGACGUCGACGCCUUCGAGCAGCACCUGCACCAGACGGGCCACGCCGACGCGCAGCGCUUCAAGGAGUCGGUGCGGGAGCAGAAGUCGCGGCGCGUCCUGUCGAACUCCAACUACACGAUCCCGUUCUGGAAGCAGGUGCUGGCGUGCGCCCGGCGCGAGCUCUGGCUCAUCUGGGGCGACAAGACGGAGCUGUACUCCAAGUACUUCACCGUCGUCAGCAACGGCCUCAUCGUCGGCUCGCUCUUCUACAACACGCCGCCCGACACGCUCGGCGCCUUCCUGCGCGGCGGCGUCGUCUUCUUCUGCGUCGUCUUCCUCGGCUGGCUGCAGCUCGCCGAGCUCAUGAAGGCCGUCUCGGGCCGCGCCAUCGUCGCCCGCCACAAGGAGUACGCCUUCUACCGGCCCAGCGCCGUGACGCUGGCCCGCGCGCUCACGGACCUGCCCCUGCUGCUCCCCCAGGUCGUCGUCUUCAUCAUCCUCCUGUACUUCAUGACCGGCCUCGACGUCAACGCCGGCAAGUUCUUCAUCCAGCUGCUCUUCACCUACACGACCACCUUCUGCAUCACGGCCAUGUACCGCAUGCUGGCGUCCGUGUCGCCCUCCAUGGACGACGCGGUCCGCUUCUCGGGCAUGGCGCUGAACCUGCUCGUCAUCUACACCGGAUACGUCAUCUCGAAGCCCGUGCUGCUGUCGCAGAAGAUCUGGUUCGGCUGGAUUGCCCACAUCAACCCGAUCGGUUACGCCUUCGAGGCCGGCUUGUCGAACCAGUUCCACGACCGCAUGAUGGACUGCGCGCCCUCGCAGCUGGUGCCUCAGGGGCCCGGCAUCUCGCCCGAGAACCAGGGCUGCGCGUUCCCCGGCGCCCACCUCGGUAGCCGCAGCAUCCUCGGCGACGACUACAUCGGCACGCAGUUCGACUACACCCGGGCCCACCUCUGGCGCAACUUUGGCGUGGUCAUCGCGUUCGCCGUGCUGUAUCUCCUGGUCACCGUCGUCGCCGCCGAGGUCAUGACCUUUGGCGGCGGCGGCGGCGGCGCCCUCGUGUUCAAGCGGUCUACGCGGACGGCCAAGCAGCUCAAGCGUGGUGCCGGUGCGGCCGACGAAGAGAAGGCCAACCCGUCGGGCAGCGCGUCGUCGUCGUCCACUGCAGUGCCCUCCAGCGACACCGCCCAGGACAGCAGCGCCCUCAAGGGGCUGACGGCCAGCGACCGCGUCUUCACCUGGGAGGACGUCUCGUACACGGUGCCGACGCCGGCAGGCCCGAAGCGGCUGCUCAACGGGAUCAACGGCUACGCGAAGCCCGGCGUCAUGGUGGCGCUCAUGGGCGCCAGCGGCGCCGGCAAGACGACGCUGCUCAACACGCUGUCGCAGCGCCAGACGGUCGGCGUGGUGAGCGGCAGCAUGCUCGUCGACGGCAAGCCGCUGGGGGGCGACUUCCAGCGCAGCACCGGCUUCGUCGAGCAGAUGGACCUGCACGAGGAGUCGGCCACGGUGCGCGAGGCCAUCGAGUUCUCGGCCCUGCUGCGCCAGAGCCGCAGCAUCCCGCGGCAGGAGAAGCUCGACUACGUCGACAAGGUGCUCGACCUGCUCGAGCUGACCGAGAUCCAGGACGCCGUCAUCAGCUCGCUCGGCGUCGAGCACAAGAAGCGGCUGACCAUCGGCGUCGAGCUGGCCGCGCGCCCGUCGCUGCUGCUCUUCCUCGACGAGCCCACCAGCGGCCUGGACGCGCAGUCGGCCAUGUCCAUCGUGCGCUUCCUGCGCAAGCUGUGCGCGGCCGGCCAGGCCAUCAUCUGCACCAUCCACCAGCCGUCGUCCGACCUGAUCCAGCAGUUCGACAAGAUCCUGGCCCUCAACCCGGGCGGCAACGUCAUCUACUUCGGCCCCGUCGGCCCGGACGGCAGCGCCGUGCUGCGCUACUUCGCCGACCGCGGCGUGCACUGCCCGCCCGGCCGCAACGUCGCCGAGUUCCUGCUCGAGACGGCCAUCAAGGGCGGCCGUCGCCCCGACGGCCGCCGCAUCAACUGGAGCGACGAGUGGCGAUCCUCUCCGGAGAACAAGCACGUGCUCGCCGAGAUCCAGCAGCUCAAGGCCGAGCGCAGCAAGGCAGCCGUAGUAGUAUCAUCCUCUUCUCCUUCCUCCACUUCCUCCUCCUCCUCCUCUUCCGCCGCCUCGGAACAGGAUCACGAGUUCGCGGCCCCCGUGGCGCAGCAGAUCCUGCUGCUCACCAAGCGCAUGUUCGUGCGGCAGUGGCGCGAGCCGUCGUACCUGUACGGGCGCCUCUUCACCGCCGUCGUCAUCGGCAUCUUCAACGGCUUCACCUUCUGGAAGCUGGGCGACACGGCGGCCGACAUGCAGAACCGCAUGUUCACCUGCUUCCUGAUCAUCAUGAUCCCCGCCACCGUGCUCAACGCGGUGCUGCCCAAGUUCUACCUCAACCGGGCCCUGUGGGAGGCCCGUGAGCACCCCAGCCGCAUCUACGGCUGGGUCGCCUUCUGCACCGCCGAGGUGCUGUCCGAGAUCCCGGGCAGCCUCGUCGCCGGCGUGCUCUACUGGCUGCUGUGGUACCUGCCCACCGGCCUGCCCUACGACGCCCCCGCCGCCGGCUACGUCUUCCUCAUGACCCUGCUGUUCUUCCUGUUCCAGUCCAGCUGGGGCCAGUGGAUCUGCGCCUGGACCCCGAGCUUCACCGUCAUCAGCAACAUCCUGCCCUGCUUCCUCGUCAUCUUCUGCCUGUUCAACGGCGUCGUCGUGCCCCAGCCGCAGCUGAACGUGUUUUGGAAGUAUUGGCUGUACUACCUCAACCCGAGCUCGUACUGGAUCUCGGGCGUGCUCGCCGCCACGCUGACCGGGCAGCCCGUGCGCUGCGCCCCGAGCGAGGCGGCCUACUUCUCGCCGCCGGCGGGCCAGACGUGCGGAGACUUUGCCGGCGCCUUCGUCCGCGAGGCCGGCCGUGGCUACCUGAUGAACCCGAACGCGACGGCCGACUGCGGCUACUGCCCGUACGCCACCGGCGACGAGUACCUCGCCACGCUGGGCAUCUCGCCCGACACCAAGUGGCGCAACUUUGGCAUCUUCCUCGUCUUCUGCUUCACCAACUGGCUGUGAGUGUCUCUUCCUUGUGUCUUUCUUUGUAUGCAGCAGGCUGAUAGGCUUUCUCGCA